AUGCAGCACUGUUUUGUCAAGCUGGCGGCCGACCAGAUCAAGCGUUCCCAAAAGGAGGAUGGGCGGAGACGUAGAGGACGGGACGGUACCAAGGAGCCCAUAGUAAGAGUCGAGCUAGAGUGGGACAUCCCCAUGGCCGUGACUCUGCCCAUCGAAAUGCAGCCCGACCCUGCACACCAACCGUUCCCUUUUCUUGAAACAACCCUGGCAGAUCUGGGAAUACAAGAGUCAGAGGUGAAGGAGAGGGUGGUGUGGGUUGACACUACAAAGACCCAAGUGAAGAAUAAAGCUGGGAAACUAAAAGAGAAAGAAACUACUAUUCUGGAGGUGCGAGUGAAAGCUCAAAAGCCCGGAGACAAGACUCUCCAGGAAGUCCUAUACAGCACCGAGGCCCACACAGACCGCUCAUUCUGCCGAACAGGAAUGGAUAUAGUUCCUUGGAAACAACAUUACACAGGGGGUAGAUGUGACAAACUUCCCAUCAUCACUAAGGAGGUGUUUGUUAUUCCUGUUUCUUUGGCAGGAGAAAAUGAACUGGAGCCAGUGCAGAUGACUAUGGUGCUGAAUAUGGAAAACAGACACUCCAAAGGCACCAAAGCACAACGGGACAUCUGA